AAAUAUGGUAAUAUUUUAUGUGAAAGAGAUUAUUAAGUUUAUUUAUCGAAAAACAAUUACUGUGAUAUUAAAAUGGGAUUGAGAAUAAUAAAUUAAUAAUGAAUUGCAUAACGUGGAGCACGCGCCCAUCACCUCCGUACAAACGAAACAAAGGCAGCCAUACGAAAGAAGAACACAAAAACACUCGUCAAGCUCAAACCCUAUCGUCUUCCUUUCCAUUCCCGUCUCUCCCCUCUCCUCCCAACCUUAAUCCAUAUUUCCAGCUUUCAACUAAUCAGAUGAUUUAGAUGGGUUUGGGCUCGUUAUCAAUUUAGGGGACUAUGUUUUCUCGAAUAUCAGCUGCUUUUGGUGAUGACCUGUUCUAGAAUCAAAGCUGCAGACUCGCUGCACAUGAUCGAAUAAGGUUUGUCGAGGCAAUUAUGGAAGGGUCUGCACCGACGUAUUCGUCGGCUUCGGCUGAGGACGGUCCUGAGUCGUGGGAGGUUGCUGAUGUGGAGGCUAGCAUGCGCCGCCUCAUGCUUUCCUCCAGGAAAGAUUCAUUUACCAGCAGUAAUAAGCAAGACGAGAUAUCUGAGGUCUCCGGUUCGGGUUCUGUGCCGGACUCGAUUUCAAAUUCGGAUUUGGGCAUGUCGGAAGAUCUGAUUAGCACAGUGGAUCAGUUUCUGCGGGAAGCUAUACAGAAUCCUCGGGAGCGCUUAUCUGUGCUACGAAUGGAGCAGGAUGUGGAGAAGUUCAUUCAGGAUCCUACUUGCGAACAGAUGGAGUUUCAACAGCUUCCUACUUCUUACUUGCGCUUGGCCGCACAUCGUGUGGCACAGCACUACUCCUUGCAAUCCAUGGUUUUAUUGGAUAAUAACCUUCCCGAUGGGUCUGGUUCUCGGAUAAUUGUUCGAAAGGCGUCAAACAUCCGGAUUCCUAUGGUUCGUCUUGCCGACAUUCCUGUUAAUUUACCUACUGAAGAGAGUAGUGAUGUAAAGCUUGCAAUCAAGCAGAGGCCACAAAAGGGGUCUCACAGUAAUAGUAAUUCAAAUGCAAAUCCUGCAAAAUCAAACAGUUCCAAAAGUGUGGAGGAAAGGAAGGCGGAAUACAAUAGGGCUCGAGCAAGGAUUUUUAGUUCCAACAGUUCUACUGGGAGUUCCAGUGGGAAAUCUCUGAGUGAUCCUAAGAAUCAGGAUAGUGUUCGACAUAGUUCAUUAGGAAUAACAAAGGCAGAAGAGAGAGUAUCUCCAAGUGGUGGAUCUAAUAUUGUCAUAGGAAGAAGUUUCUCUGAUUCUGCUACAUCUGGCAGUAAUUUAUCUAGAACUAGGAUAGAUAAGGAGCCUGUUACAAGACCGAAGACAAAUAAUAAGGUCGCUAUCUUUCGGGAUCGUGAAGUUGAUCGUAAAGAUCCUGACUACGACAGAAACUACGACAGAUACAUGCAGAGGUUUGAUCCUGGCUUCGGAUUUAGUGGAGGUGUAUACCCUAUUCAGCCCAUGUAUGCACCUGCAAUAAACUACAACACUGAAUUCCCACAGCUUGGAGCAAGUCAUAGGCCGCCUCUUUCCUCAGAACACCAACCUCGGCCUCUUCCUCAACAUCUUCCUGGGCCAUGGGUUGCUCCCUUCUCUCCUGGUGGUAUUGGUUAUGGUUCAACUGAAGCCAUGUUGUCUCCAUUUAAUACUGGUAAUGGUGGUCAACACUCAAACUCUAGUCUCUACAUCCACCCUGCUCAGUAUCCUUCUCAAACAACUGGAUUACCAUUUAUUCAUACUCUUCAACCAAUCCACCAACCCUUUUCACAGGUGAUUUCCAAGGCUGGCAGUGAUACUUCUGGCUAUUGGCUGCAUUCGCAGAAUGCUAACUUUUUCAUGACAAGGAAACUUUCUCAUCAGCAGCAACCUGAUGCAAGCUUUGGACUAGCCCGACCCCGCACCGCUGCUCAUAUCCGAGAAGCCGCCGGUCAGAACCCAUCGUGGCGACCUAUAAAGAGGCGAGAUCCAAAAUGGGCUGACCCGCCGACUCACCCGGGAAGAGGAAGCCGCCCAUCCAACGAGCCUUCGAACGCCGGCCGCACGACCCAGAGAAUUCACCACCCCGAUGGCCCGGAGGCCCCUGCUGGAGGAAGGCAAACUGGUUCUGGUAUCUGUCUGCGAUCCAUGGCGAACGUGCCCCCUGUGGUUUUCCCCACCGGCAGGAAUGCUGCCGCGCCAUCCCCUGGCGGCUCCCAGCAGCGCCGCUUCCCCACCGCUCCCUUUCAACCCCCGAGAGCAUCAAGCCCCGGCCUCCCUUUCCUCUCGUUCGACGUUAAUUCCGCCGCCCCAUCCACCUCAUUCUCCGCCGCUCCGCAGUUCCCCUCCACCAUCGGCGGCGGCGGGGGCUCCAUCGGAUUCGAGGACGAGCCGCCGCUCCUCGAAGAACUCGGCAUCAACACCAAGCAAAUCUACCAAAAAACCCUCUCGAUUGUCAACCCUUUCAGAAUCAGUUAUCACCUCCACGAGGACGCCGAUCUCUCUGGACCUUUUCUCUUCCUCAUGGCUUUCGGUUUGUUCCAGCUCCUCGCCGGAAAGCUUCAUUUCGGAAUUAUCCUGGGAUGGGUGACUAUGGCGUCCAUGUUUCUAUAUGUUGUCUUCAAUAUGCUCGCCGGCAGGAACGGGAAUCUGGAUAUGUACAAAUGUCUCAGCUUGAUUGGUUACUGUAUGCUACCGAUUGUGAUGCUGUCUGCGAGUUCUCUGUUCUUGCCGCAAGGUGGGAUGGUGAUCAUGGUGAUAACAGGGCUGUUUGUGAUCUGGUCCACACGUGUCUGCACGGGAUUGGUGGUGGAGCUGGCUAACUGUGGUGUGGAGCACAGGGGACUAAUCACGUACGCUUGCUUCUUGAUUUACAUGCUUUUCUCGUUGCUUGUGAUAUUUUAG